GCCACAGAACCCAGAAAAACAACUCAUCCGCAUUCGUUUCCUCACUGACUAUAAAAGAAUAGAGAAGGAAGGGCUUCAGUGACCGGCUGCCUGGCUGACUUACAGCAGUCAGACUCUGACAGGAUCAUGGCUAUGAUGGAGGCCCAGGGGGGACCCAGCCCGGGGCAGACCUGCGUGCUGAUCCUGAUCUUCACCGUGCUCCUGCAGUCUCUCUGUGCGGCUGUAACUUACGUGUACUUCACCAACGAGCUGAAGCAGUUUGCAGAAAAUGAUUGCCAGAGACUAAUGUCUGGGCAGCAGAGAGGGUCAGUGCUGCCAUCUUGAAGUCUACCUUACUGAGUCUACCCUACUGACCUCAAGCCCCAUCAAGGACUGGUUGACCCUGGCCUAGACAACCACCAUGUUUGUAACAGCACCAAGAGCAGUCACCAUGGAAAUCCACUUUUCAGAACCAAGGGCUUCUGGAGCUGAAGAACAGGCACCCAGUGCAAGAGCUUUCUUUUCAGAGGCACGCAAAUGAAAAUAACCCCCACACGCUACCUUCCGCCCCCAGUGCCCAGGUGUGGUUAGUUAGAGAAUAUAGCCUCAGCCUGUGAUAUGCUGCAGGAAACUCAUACUUUGAAGUGGAAAGGAUGGGAGGAGGCGGGGGGAGACAUAUCAUCUUAAUUAUCAUUCUUGGAAUAACCACAGCACCCCACGUCAACCCACCAUGUGUCUAAGUCACCAGCAUUGGCCAAGUUCUAUAGAAGAAACUACCAAAAUUCAUGAUGUAGGAACCAUGUGAGGGUGGAGAGGGAGACUGAGGCUUCCUCUCUGGGUUUCUACUGUUCAGAAAACAGUAUUUAUGCAUAAAAAGGUCUAGAAAGAGAAACACUAAAAUGACAAUGUGAUCUCUAGAUGGUAUGAUUAUGGGUGCUUUUUUUCUUUUUAUUUUUCUAUAUUUUACAAAUUUUCUACAGGGAAUGUCAUAAAAAUAUCCAUGCUAUCCAUAUGUAAUUUUCAUACAGAUUUAAAGAACACAACAUUUUUAUAUAGUCUUAUGAGAAAACAACCAUACUCAAAAUUAUGCACACACAUAGUGUGAUCUCACCCCUGUAAACAAGAGAGAUCAUCCAAAGGUUAACUAGGAGGUGGGAAUAUAGCUGCCGUUAGUGGUUGUUUCCGUUUUUUGUUUGUUUGUUUUUGUGAUUUACUUAUUUAGUUUUUGAAGGGUUUUUUUUUUUUUUCUUUUAGAAAAGUGUUCGUUACUUUUCCAUGCUUCCCAGCUUGCCUGUGUAUCCUGAAUGUAUCCAGGCUUUAUAAACUCCUGGGUAAUAAUGUAGCUACAUUAGCUUGUCAACCUCCCAUCCACUUAUGCCCAGGACCUUACUCAAUUUUCCAGGUUCCUCCCACCUCCUCCUGAAAGUAUUUCUGGAAAAUACCAGAAGGGAUCACAGGCUGUAGCCAUCAAUUGGUACUAAAGUGUCCUGUGGCUCAAGCUCCACUACCACCAUCCAUGUCAAAUUCCACCUCAGUUGACAAGUUGUUGCCUGCUGCCAUUACUGCCUGAUCACAGGCAGCUGUCAACUCUGCAUCUUGCCCCUCAUGGCUGGAGCCUCCCAUCUUCAGCCAUUUCCUGCUGAGAGAGCUUACAGCUGGUGUGAAGUAAAAAGGCAUACUUCUCCCUCCUUUCUGUGUCAUGCACACCUUUUUGCCCCAACAAGUUAGAGAGACUUGUGAGCCUGCUUGUGCAGUGUAAUCAAAACGAAACUUGGCCAUACUCCACUCAUACUGGGUGAACUGGGACAGUGUCCAGGGAAAGUUCGCUCUUCCUGGAACUACCCUCAGGCCUUGUAGCUGAUCCCAGUUUCUCGUCUCUUCCUUCAUGAUCCUUUCCCACAGUUUGCUAGACAUGCUUUCAUAUUUCUGAAUCACAUGUGACUGAGUGCCUUCCUUGGAAAGGUUUUGCAUCUCCCAAGUCAAUUGGAGUUGCAACUAGAUGUCUACAGGUGGGGCAGGCAGGGGCAAGGAAAUGUACCUAAGUCCAUGGCCAGUCAUAUCUCAACUCGGGCAGCCCCAGCUUCACCUCCAACUACAUAUACUACGGGAAUGUUUUUCUCUUGUUGUUUAAAAGAGGAAGAAAGAAAAUAAACAUUUGUUUAAAAGUAAAUGAAUGAUCUAUGACAGGGUGUGUGGAAGAAAUUUAUUAACUCAAGUUUGCACCUUUGCAUUUGAGGGACCUUGACCAGAUGUCCAAGGGUUACAUGGCUGAGAACAGAACUGUGUGAUUCUUGCUAGGACCGCUUAUGAACAGUUCAGAUAUUCUGAUUUAAAAUGAGAUGGUCUUUCUAUAGAAAGGAGUGAAUCAUCAUUCAAUUUGAUCCUCCCUUCAAGCUUUGCAGUACCUUAGUUCAAAUAACAGAUUAAAAUUGCCAUUUUCUCAUUUAUUUCCCCAGGUAGAGUCAAUUCAGCAGAUUUUUUCAGGGAAAUAACGUCUCUUCCAUCCUACUUGUUAAAACAAAAACAAAACAGAAGAGAAAAUCCUUCUGGCUUUGUUUGGACCUUCUGUUUCCUGUAUUUCUUGAUUAAACAAUGAUCAGCCUGAAGAGUUCUGGGUGGUUUGGGGUAUGUGUGUUUGUGUGUGCUUAUAACAUCAAGCAAGGAUUUGUUGAUGAGAGUGAGGAGUUUGUUAACAAUGAUCUGGCUAUUGCCAUUGUUUACUUUCAAUCAGAAACAGGGAGAAAACCUUCAAAGAGUGUUUAAAGUCUCUGCCAAUAAAUCCCUAGUUAGUGUAAACAUUUAAUGAAACAGCGUUCAGAUUUCUAGCGGCAACAUGGUCCAGAUUCUGCCAUCCAGAGGAGUAGAAAUCAAAUCAGUAACUAGAAUCUACUUAGCUAGCCACAGCUCAGAUCAAGAAACAGAACAUGACCCCCUCCCAAAAGAUUUGGCUGUUUUUUAUUUAGGAUCCUAAAAUUUAAACUGACUCCACUACCAACCUUGUAUCUAGGUAGGUUUCCAGCUUCAAAAUGGGAUACAUACCGUGGCAGAGCUGGAAGAGACCUCAGAAUCACUAUAGUGAACUGGCUCGAAACUAAUGAACAGACACAGGAACUAAUGGAAGCAACUCGUCAAGAAAAGCACAGCUGUUUAGUAAGGGAGGCAGGGAAGGGCACUGUGACUCCAGAUGCCUGACCCACACUUGGAUCCUUUCCCUCUGACUCCAGAUGCCUGACCCACACCUGCAUCCUUUCCACCAUAUCCAGCUGCUUACUUUUAUUCUCUUUCUCUCUUAUUUUUUUAAGGACAAAGGAGAGCAUGCUUACUUUUAUUUCGAACAGGAACUUACUCAAUGUGCCAAAACUUCUCUAAGUCUGCUAUCAGUUUCUGUUGUCUUAACUUCCAAAUGAACAAAAAUAAAAAGCACUUAAGCAAAAUACUGUGUUAUA